AUGAGCAGAUAUUCCUGGAAUUUGCUCAUUGUGACACAGAAUGCCAGCCCAAAUUUGUUGUCCAGACACGAUGCUGUGCUGACAAAGGCAGCUCACGAGUUUUGGUCUCUUUUAGGUGGCUCCAGGAGGAAAGGGAGAGCACGGAGCAGCGGGCCGAGGAGACUGAGAGCAGGGUGGGCGGAGCACGCUUCUGCAGCCUUUGGCAUUUUUUUUGUCUGUUUGUUUGUUUUUUUUGGUCAGUGCAUUUUAUUUAAUCAGCACAGUACAAAAAUAAAUAAAAAUAAAGAGAAGGGAAUUAAAUUACAGCCAAACUGA